AUGGUGAAGCAACUUUAUGACAAACAGGAGCAGCAUAUGCCACUGCUACUACAGCAAAUUGUAGAGGGAGAUUCCAGUUCCAAUUUCAGAGAAAGAACUGAAGAAAACAAUAUUCCCGUACUACGUCCCUCAAAGCACAAAUGCAGAAGUUCCGGAGAAGGUGAUGACUUGAUAGGAAAUUUGUCCCAUGAUGAGACAUCCAACCUGGACCCUGGAUUUGAGGAGUGGGAUGUAGCUGGCCUGCCUUGGUGGUUUAUAGGAAAUUUGAGAAACAACUAUACACCUAGAAGUAAUGGCUCAACUGAUUUACAGACAAAUCAGGAUGUAGGUACUGCUGUUGUUUCAGACAUCACAGAUGACUUGUUUUUGAAUGAAUCAUUGUCAGAGCAGUUUGGUGUUGGAAUAAAAGUUGAAGCUGCUGAUACCGAACAAUCAGAAGUAGGAAAAGUGAGAGAUAAAAAGGUGAUUGAAGUGGGAAAAAAUGAUGACUUUGAAGAUUCAAAGUCCAUAGAUGAUGAAACUGAUGUUGAAGUUACCUCUGAGGAUGAGUGGCAGUGUACUGAGUGCAAGAAAUUUAACUCUCCAAGCAAGAGAUACUGCUUUCGUUGUUGGGCCCUGAGGAAGGAUUGGUACUCAGACUGUUCUAAAUUAACCCAUUCUCUCUCCACGUCUGAUAUCACUGCCAUACCAGAAAAGAAAGAAAAUGAAGGAAUUGAUGUCCCUGACUGCCGAAGAACUGUCUCAGCUCCAGUUGUUAGACCUAAAGAUGUAUAUAUAAAGGAAGAAAACUCGAAACUUUUUGAUCCCUGCAACUCAGUGGAAUUCUUGAAUCUGGCUCAUAGUUCAGAAAGCCAGGAGACCGUCUCCAGCAUGGGAGAACAAUCCGAUAACAUUUUUGAACAGAAAACAUACACAGAUAACAUGGAGGAUUGCCAGAAUCUCCUGAAGCCUUGUAGUCUGUGUGAGAAAAGGCCACGAGACGGGAAUAUUAUUCAUGGA